UGGCCAGGCUUCAGCAGACAGCAACUGCUUCACCGAGAGUCGCAGCUGCUCUAAGCGAGCCUCUAACGUCCCAGAGACUACCAGCAAACGACCGAGCGAGGGAAUACUACCCAAGGCGCAGACUUUUUCUCAAGGAUUCCUCUUUUUGCGCACAGGAAAUUUGUCCAAGAUGCUGAUGUCCACAUUUGCCGUUUUCUUCCUCGGAAGCCUUCAUCUGGUCCUCUCCUCGUCCCCCUCUUGUCCGUCCGUGUGUGAGUGUCCCCUGGACAUGCCCAAGUGCGCGCCCGGCGUCAGCGUGGUCCUGGACGGCUGCGGCUGCUGCAAGGUGUGCGCCAGGCAGCUGAACGAGGACUGCGGUCUGACCGAGCCCUGCGACCACACCAAGGGCCUGGAGUGUAACUUCGGGGCCAGUUUUGCUGCCGCCACAACUCGGGGCAUCUGUCGUGCCAAGUCAGAGGGCAGACCCUGCGAGUACAACAGCAGGAUCUACCAGAACGGCGAGAGCUUCCAGCCCAACUGUAAACACCAAUGCACAUGCAUUGAUGGAGCGGUGGGAUGUGUCCCGCUUUGUCCGCAAGAGCUCUCCCUGCCAAAUCUGGGCUGUGCCAAUCCCAGGCUGGUGAAAGUUCCUGGCCAGUGCUGCGAGGAGUGGGUGUGCGACGAUGGCAAGGAGACAGACAUCUUAGAAAAGAUCUUUGGCAAAGACAUGCCGAAUGAAGAGCUGGAGAGAGACCUCACCAAGAAGAAUGAGCUCAUUGCAAUUUUCAAGGGAGGACUCAAGUCCCUACCUGCAUUCAGACCACAUCCUGAGGUCCACAUGCUCGACAGUCAGAAAUGCAUCGUCCAGACCACACCGUGGUCCCACUGCUCCAAGAGCUGCGGAACCGGCAUCUCCACCAGAGUCACCAACAACAACAGCGAGUGCAAACUGGUCAAAGAGACACGGAUCUGUGAAGUGCGCCCCUGCACCCAGUCGCCCUACUCCAGUCUAAAGAAAGGAAAGAAGUGCAGCAGGACCAAGAAGUCCAUCCAGCCGGUGAAGUUCAACUACGCCGGCUGCUCCAGCCUGAAGAAAUACCGACCCAGGUACUGCGGAGCCUGCGUGGACGGCCGCUGCUGCAGCCCCCACGACACCAGAACCAUCCGGGUGAGGUUCCGCUGUGAGGACGGCGAGACCUUCCACAAGAACGUCAUGAUGAUCGAGUCCUGCAAGUGCACCUACAACUGUCCACACGCCAACGAAGCCUCGUACCCCUUCUACCGCCUCUCCAACGACAUCCACAAGUUCAGAGACUGAUUGGCGCCAGAGCACCCUGUCCCCUCAGCCAGAACGAGAUCAGCUGCACAACUGGCGGCCAAUAGCAGUCCAGACGACUGCAGGGGUGACGGCAGAACCAGCAGCCAACUACCAUCUUCUUGUUGUAACUAGAUUCCUAAGGAAUUGUGGACUUACAUCACGAGGACUCAAAGAAGUGCACUGUUUGCUGUGGCUACAUCAGCAUUCUUAAUAUGAUUCGCUUCAUACUACUGGAGCUUUGAAAGUAGCUUCGUCAUGGAGCAGGUUGUAAUUAAUAAUUGUACAUUCACGCUAGUUGCUGAUGCUAUUCGCAGUGUAUAUUUCGAUCUUUUUUCUCUCUCCGAUAUGACCCAGACUGUAGACUUGCGUGUGUAUAGGUGGAUGUACGCGCGCGCAAUUUUCAAUUAGCAUACCAUGUUGUGUAUAUUUUAUUUUUGUUAAAAGAACAAGACAACAAAAUGUAACUCGGCGACUUGUCCAACAGGCCGCGUGGUUCCAUUCCUUCCUGACGUGGGCAUUAUUGUUCAUGUUCUUUGGCAGCUAUUGAUGUCCCUUCAUGGAGAAGAACGAAAGGAGAAAAAAAAAAAGACAAAGCGAAACAUGUCAAAGGAUGAAUGUUUUUAUUAUUGUUAUUAAUAUUAUUUAUCUAAUAAAUGUAGCUACUUUAUUUGGAUAUUAUGUGUAAUACUGGAAUAAAUUGUAAAAUGAUUUAAUUUUAUAUGCAACAAUAAAACUGAUUUAUUUAUGAAAUAUGA